UGAAAUAUUCAAAAUGAUUUUAUUAUAUUAUCUAGGAGGAGAGUGAAGUAUUUCAUUCAGGAGAGGGAACAUCUAAAGAAUUUGCUUUCUGCAAUAAAACAUCUAACAUGGAAUCACAGGAAAUGGUAUCAUCUUCAGGGGAAAAGGCAUCCAAAGAUAAUCCUAUCGGCAUAGAUUCAACGGAUAUAGAACCUGGUUUAGUAGCACCGGCACAAUUACCUUAUAACAUAAGUGGUUAUCUCCACUCAAGUGUUCCGGUUUCGAAACGAAAAGAAAGAAUUUGGGACAAAACAGAUUUGUGUAUGUUCUGCUUCGAAAAUGUUACUAAUUUCAGCCGCCAUUUAUUGCGCAAACAUCUGAGUGAACCAGCUGUUAAAUUUUUGAAUGACAUGAAAGUUGGUAGCAUCGAAAGGAAGAAAUUCAUAGAUAUGUUGAGGAAGAAAGGAAACUUUUUAUCGCCUGGUCUGAAUCAAAUAAAACCGGUGAGGCGUCCCACAAAGCAAGUUUCUGCGGAACAAAUCUUACCAUGCAUUCAUUGUAAUGGCUUUUUCAUGAAAAAUUAUCUGAACCGUCAUAUGAAUUCAUGUUCAUCACGACCAGUAAAUAUUGGUGCAGAUUCGAAAAGCCACAAGGCAUCGGAUGCUCAGACAUUUUUGGCCUUCAAAUGCUUACAAACGGAAUUCGUGAAUAAAAUGAAAAUGAAAGAAGGUGUGCUUGACAUGAGAUGCGAUAAGGUAUCAUUAGUUGUGAAGAGCGAACCUCUUAUAUUAUCGUUUGGUUCUUUUUAUGCGAAACGACAUAUGCAUAGUCAUUUGAAUAAAGUAACCAAAAAUAAGUUGAGGGAAUUAGGCAGACUAUGGAUAGAUAUGGCUCCCCAUAUUAAGGAAGCAAAAUUCUAUGACGCUCUUAGACCAGAAAAUUUUAAAUGUUUUGUUGAUAGUACAAGAAAUAUAUGCGGAUAUAACUCUUCGACACAAAAAUUUGAUAAAGCGCCUUCGUUAGCUUUACACAUGGGCACGACUUUAAAACAGUUGUGUGACCAUGCUUACUCAGAAACAAUGCAAGCGAACAAAUUCUUUACUACGAACAUUGAUACAUAUACUAAGGCCAAAGAGAUAAAAACAUUGAAACAAUUAAUUAAUAGUAAUUGGAAUGCGGAAAUUAGCAGUGUUGCUAACCAAAAUUUAAUGGAAAAUCAGUGGCAAAAGCCUACUAUUGUACCACUCACUUCUGAUAUAAAAAAGCUGAAUAAUUACGUGAAAAAGAAGGCAGAAGAUUCUUCCAAUAUUUUGAAGGAGGAUGAAAAUAAUAAAAAAGCUUUCAGUAAUUUGCAAAAAUGUUGUUAUUCGCUUUUAAUAACCUUGAACAGAAGAAGAAUUGGGGAGCUAGAACGAAUUGAGCUGAAAAGUUAUUCAAGAGAACAGAAUAAUAUAAUUUCAGAAGAAUUCCAGAGAAAUCUGACAGAGUCUGAAAAAAUUCUUCUGGAAAGGUAUAAGAGAAUAAUGAUAAGAGGAAAACGUCACAAGCCUGUUCCUGUAUUAUUUUCUUCAACCGUGCAGAAAUAUAUUGAACAGUUGCUGAAACACCGUGACAAUUUCGUUUCCAAAGAAAAUAUCUACUUAUUCGCGACACCGGGAAAACUAACCUGUUUAGAUGGUUAUACUGCACUAAAAAAUUUUGCCAAAGAAUGUGGAGCAGAACAUCCUCAAGCUCUGACAUCCGGCAAACUUAGGAAACAUAUUGCAACGAUCUCACAGGUGUCAGAUUUGUCACAGACAGAAAUGGAACAACUUUGUACUUUUUUAGGACAUACACUAUCCACACAUAAUAAUUAUUAUAGGUAUGUAAUAUUGAUAAUUAAUUUAUUAUCAGAUGAUUCUAAACUGAGCAUUAUAUGUUUCUCUCUCUCUGAAUUCAGAUUACCACAGGAGAUUUACCAAACUGCUAAGUUAACAAAACUUUUGCUAAAGUCCCAGGACGAAAAUAUAGAGAAUUCGAGUGACAAUGACGAAAAUUUGAAUGAAGAAUUACAUUCUGAAGAAGAGGAAGAGGUUGAAGAGGAUAUUCCGGCAUUAUCUUCCGAUAAUAACCUAGCAAUCGCAGAGAAAGAUGCUUCAGAACAGAAAUCCUUGUGCCGGAAGAACCAAAAAAGAAAAACCAAAAUACCGGAGAAAACUUCAAACGAUUUUGAUGAAGAAGAGGAAGAGCGGCUCCUGAAAAUGCAAAAAGUCAAGAGAAAAAGAGUGUCGAAUAAUUCAAGCGAUUCUGAGGAGAAGGAAACACCAAAAGUGAAACAUCCGAAAAUAAGAUGGACAGAACAACAAAAAAAUGCAACUGUGAGAUAUUUUCAGAGAAAUAUUCAUAGGAAAAAAACGCCCACAGAAGGGGAAAUCAAGGAGUUCAAAUCUGUUCAUCCAUUCAUGAACAAUAAAACUUGGAAACAAAUAAAAGCGUUUGUUUUCAACGCAUAUCGAAACAAAUGAUGUAUGUUUGCCUGUAUUUGUGUAUGGUUAUAACUUUUUCGAAAAUCAAGUUAUUAUUCCUGUUUUUUGAAUUUCUUUCAAUCUGAAAUGAU